UUCAAAGCUUUGAUGUGAUGUCAUUCAAUUUUGAAACCUAAUCAUUUGUAUAUGGUUCCCAGGUGGUAUAGGUUUACCUUCUCAACCAAACCCAUAAACAACAUACACUUCUUUAGAUCAUUCUUCAUCAAAGACUUGGCUUAAAAAGGAAUAUGAUAUAGUGGUAUAUAUUCAUCUAUGUUGUAUGAAGCUCAUGUAGCAAACAAGAGAGACAAGUGUUCUUAGGAGAUUCCAUUGUACCUUCUCUCAAAUCAAGUCUAUAUUCUAAAAAAGAUCCCUAAUUAUCACAACCUUAGUUGUAACAUCAACGUUUUUUUGUAUCUAUACGAAGAAUUUGAGCUACGACAUCAAGUUUUUUUUGUCUAUACAACCACAAGGGAACCACGAUUAAAAUUCGGCAAUCACAUUUGAUUGCGAUGCUCUCUAUACUCAAGGAUCGUGGCGCCAAAUUUGUUGCCAAAACUUGGUAGAGGAAGAAACCCAAAUUUGUUGCCAAAUCUCUCUGCUACCAAAUCAUAAGAGAAGAAACUCAAGUUUGCGGCGAAGAAAUUUUCCCUUUCACUUAUAAGUGUGAAAACACUAUGUCAUGAAAGCUUCAAUGGGUUUGUUUCAUAAAGCCAUUCAAGAAAUCAACAAUGGAGACACAAAAAUUAGCAUUCUAAGGUAACAUAUAUAAUUCAUGGGGCACCACAAAUGGUUGCAAAUUUCAUGGUUAUUUGUCUCUAUAAUGUUUCUAUCAUCUUUGGUUCAAAGCUCACAAACUUAUGAUCAUGAAUCCUUAGAAGACUUGCUUUGCAAGCAAGUGAACAAAGAUAUAGUAAAUCCAAAAACAGGUGUUUUCUACAACAUUUCACUUCCUUCUAACUACACAGGAAUGGAAGUUAGAGUUGUUAGAUUAAGAACAUCUUCUUUUUAUAAAAGAGGAGUGAAUUCUAGUUUCUUCAAUGUUCCACCACAUGUUGUGCCACAACCUAUUAGAAAAAGAAUGGCUAUACUAUAUGAAAAUUUUGGAAAUUGGUCUUCUCAUUACUUCAAUGUGCCUAAUUACACAAUGGUGGCACCUGUUUUUGGUUUUGUGGCUUACACUUCAUCAGGAAAUUCAUUCAUGGACAAUGAGAAGAUGAAUUUGGUCAUCACGCAAGGAAAUCCUAUUUUAAUUCAUUUUCAUCAUGUUAGGUUGCAUGAAAAAAAUGAUACACCAAUUUGUGUUAAGUUUAGUGAUAGUGGAAAUUUGGAAUUCAACAACAUGACUAAGCCUUAUGUUUGUGAAACAUAUGGAACAGGACACUAUACUCUUGUGGUUCCAAUUCCAAAAGAAUUAUACAAUAAGAGACAAAGUAAGAGAUUUACCAUAUGGUGGAUUUUAGGAUUUGUUUUAGGUUUUGUUGGGUUGGUUGUGUUGAUUUUGUUGUUGGUAACUUUAGUUAAGGCUGCAAAGAAGACGAGGAUAAAAAAAUUGGAGAGAAAUUCAGAAAAUGGCGAGUCUUUUGAUACAUUUUGGAUUGGUGAAACUAAAUUGCCUUUGGCUCCAACGAUUAGAACACAACCUGUUCUUGAGAAUGAUUGAUGAUGUUUUUCAUUAUUAAUGUUAGUUAAUGGUGGUUCAAUUUCUUACUUUGUUUUGUAGUGUUAGCUUCAUGCAAAUUAUGAAUGAGUGCUUUAAUUAUUGAUGUA